AUGGCCAUUUGUUUUGUAGUAGGUACCGAAAUUGAGAGCGCCUUUGAAGUUAAAGGCCAGACAGAAAUGAGCUUUUCAAACCUCAGGGAAAAAAUUUAUGAGAAGAACGAGAACGAUUUCAAAGGCAAAGCUUUUGAUGCCAACAAGUUGUAUCUAUGGAAGGUGAAUAUUCCUGGCGAUGUAGAAAAUGAUAAACUAAAAACACUGAAAACACUUGAAAGCAGAUCUCAUGAUAUAAAUGAUGAAAAUACUAUCAUACAAAAGCUUGGAGGAGAAAAGUUAACACCAUUUAAGGAUCUUGGUGACAUUUUUGCGUAUGGUAACUCCAAGAACAUCCGCAUCAUCGUACAACCACCACCUCCCGCUACCACUGCCAGCACUUUUAUCACGGGACCCUCUGGACUUGUCCACUUAUUUGUGGAUAAUUCCAACCUUUAUGUUCAAGGGAAAAAAAAUAUUGCUAGACUUGAAAAUUUGAGUAGCGUUGAUGAUGAAGGACUCCCCUCCUUUGAUGAAUUAAGAAUCGACUAUGGCAGACUACUGAAAACAAUUUUGGAUAAUCGCAAAGUUGGUGGAAGACCAUACCUCGUUGGUUCACAUCCUCCGUCGUAUGAUUCACUGUGGGAGUUUGUAGAAAAAAAUGGGUUUGAAGUAAAAGUUUUUAACAGAAAUCCCGAAAAUCACGAUAAGGAAGUUGAUACAGAAAUAACACGUGCUAUAACAAAAACCGUUAUUACGAAUGGUCCUGGCACAUUAAUUUUGAUAUCAGGUGAUAAGAAUCUAUGCCCUGGAAUAAAAGAAGCUCUAGAAAACAAUUGGAAGGUUGAAAUUUGGUUUUGGCCUAAGGAUAUACAUGUACAUUCAAGUUUAAAUUUUGUACAAAAAUCGCGUAACAGCUGCAUUCAAAGUCUACUUUCUAUGGGAAUAGCAGUAGAUCUAAUUAAGAAUACAAGUUUUAGAUUUUUAAAAGAUUAUUAUAAAUGCUUCUCAUAUGGUUAUGGACCAGACUUUACAAAUACAAUGCGAUUUAUUGAUAUCAGUAAUGGAUAUAUAUUUGAUAAUCAUGAAGUAAUAAAUUGCAAUCAGGAUUUAUUUAAAGCAAAAAAUUGGAUUAAUAAAAAUCACAAGGAGGUGCAAUUUCGGGAUUUAAAAAUCACAAGGAGAUGCGAUUUUGGGGAGUAA